CGCGAAUACAGUCGUGAGCGGGUGUUUGAAUACGGAAGCACUAGUAACCAGGAGAGGGGGCGUGACCCACCACCCCCCAGGCGCAUUGCACCGGUAUGCUUCGAAUGUGGCGAGCCUGGGCAUUACCGAAACCAGUGCCCGAACCUUGGCGGCGAAGGUUUUGGGCGGAGUACGACGCAACGGGGGAGAUCCUUCUCACCAAAACGUCCUGGAGGUCCUCAAGAACCAAGAUCGACUUCCGAAGACCCGACUCUGCGGCAACAAAUCAAGGAACUAGUAUCUAUAAUUAGUACCAGGAAGGAGCAUAUCGAUGUUGAGAACAAGAAGAAAGAGGAGAAAGCCAAGCGGAAACAAGAGAAAUUGGAACAGAAGCGACGGGAGGAAGCAGCCAGGCGCGAAGAAUAACAGGCACGUGAAGCAGCUGAGCGGCGAAAGCAACGAAAGGAAGAUAAGAUGCGACAAGUGGCUAAGGAUCGUGAGCAGAUGAAGAAGGAGAUGCGCAUGGAGUUGUCCGUGCAUAUGGGCGGAUUGCGGGAGCAGUUGCUUGGUCUACGAGAUCGGGAGGGGUUACCGCAUAGUGACGAUGCGCGAGCUGCUAAAGGUAAACAGAAAGUGGAGGUAUCAUCCGACGAAGAGUCGUACGGCUCUUACGAGAGCGAUGUCGACGCGCUUAGCAACCGUACGGAACAACUCAUUAUCUCUGAGAAGAGGAAACGAGGGGAAGACCUGCCGAUUGGGGAUACUCCACCUCUGCAGACCCUGGCAAGGAAGACAGCUAAGCGGCGGUUGCAUCUGAGCGUGAGGCAUCCACCGAUGAAGAGAUCCCCAGUGGGACGGACACCACGGCGAUGUGCUACAACCAAGAAGAAGAUCCCGGCACCACCGGGAUCUAGCGGUAAGCUCAAAUUCGUUACGGACAACCUGCUGGCUCUGGGAAAACUUAACAUUGAGGAGCUCAAGCGGCUCUGUGCACAGGAAGGUGUGCAGCUGGGGACGGAAUGCAGGAAGAUGCCGAUCCUCCUCGCGCUGGCGGACAAGCGCUCCCAAGUGGCGUACGGCGAUGAGGGACGUCAAGUGGAACACGUGGAGCAAGUCGAAGAAGAAGCGAACUUCCGGGGAACGGCGCCAACCAUCAGUGAGGAUGACGUGACACGCUGCAUGACGGCUCCAGCGGAUUGCAGUACCCGUUUUAUUGACGUCAACAAGAUUAAAGAGCUCAAGGUUAGGCUGGACGGACUGCUCCUCACCCCCCUGGAUCGUAACCCAGAGGAGACACUGGUGUUGUGUCCGAAGAUAUACUUCGACGCACUGAUGGAGCUUUUUGUGUGUAGUCCGGGAUAUAUCGUCGAACGUGCUACGAAAGAGGAGGUGAAGGACCGUAUGCGAGUGGAAGCGAAGGAGAAAGGGAUCUUGACGUUCGCACGUUGGGAGAAGAAAGGGAGUUUUGGCGAAGCUUACGUUAUGCCGAAACACAAGGACCUGACACGGUUCCGUCCGAUCUGUCCAAUGUUCAUGGAACCGACUGUUAGGACAUGUAAGACUGUAGUGAAAGCUUUGAACCAUAUGCUGUUUACUCUCCCAAGCAGCUGGCAUUUCAAUCUCAGAUCGGUGUCAGAUUUGGUUCCGAGAUUGGAAGGGUUGAACAAGAAGAUCGGUAAGCGGAUCGAUGGUAGCAUGCCACCAAUCUCGAUGCCAUACGACAUCAAGGAUAUGUUUUCCAAACUCCCGCAUAUCGAUAUCAUCGAAGCCGUGGAGUGGAUCUUCGAUUAUCACAACAGUAAAGGGAGAGACUUCAUUCGUGUUAACACAAGGGGUAAGGGCAGCUCCUUUGGUCGGACGACAGGCGACGACCAUUGGCGACAGCUUAGCCUGCAUGAUGUGAAGGCGUUCAGCGACGUUUUUGGGCUGCGACUAAUGGAUGACAUCAGUCUGAUUGUGGUGCAACGACGACGUAGACUGCUGAGUACCGAGGAAAUCAGGGAUGCUUUUGAGAAUUGUUAUCCCAGGAACCUGCAGUUGAAGCGGACCGAUGAUGGUCGGGGUGAAUGGGACUUUUUGGGUACUCGUAUGGUAGCUGACGCUAUCCAACCGUAUGUCGGUUGCUACCAGAUGACUAAGAACGAAAGGUCGAUCUGGGAGGGCGAUUUGUUGGAGUUCAAGAACUUGCAGUCAUACCGUUCAUGGGGAAGCAAGGUCCAAAAAAGUGUUGUGCUCUCCAGCCAACUGCACCGGAUAGACAGAAACACGAAUCGGCGAUGGAUGAUACCUAUGGGGGUCCUUGAUCUGAUGAGGGAGUCACGCAUGAAGGACUUCCCACCGCUUUUCUUUGAGAGAGUGGUAUGGCAUUUCGCCGUGGGAAGGGAUAAGAUCUGGACGACGACUGUCGAGUGGUUGUUUAAGUGAGUCGCGUUAGUAGUACGGGAGGAGAAUGACGAAUGAGUCAGAGCCUG